UAGUACAUAUCGUGGCAUUGUAUGGAUUCUUGCACCUUCCUCUGAAGCAUCUGGUACUGGCUUUUGCUGGAGACAGGAAACUGGCCUAGAUGAGCUAAUCAGUCUGAUCUACCGUGACUAGGGCUACAGAACACUUGAUGCUCCUAGUUGUGAGUACCUGAAGUGCUUAAGUACUGCAGGGGUGCGAGCACCGUGGAAAUACCUAGUGAAGUAGACACUGGUCUGGACGGACUGUUGUUCUGACUGGGUAUGGGAGAGAAGGGGAGACAGGAUUGUUCUGGUGGGGUAACUUUGAUUACAUUUUAUUUUAGCAUUAGCCCAAGAGGCCCCAGGCUGGGUUAGCUCAUGAGAGCCAGGGAUUUACACCAGAAGCAGAAUGGAUCCAGUCUCUCUUGUUGGGAUUUGUCUUAGAAAAGUUGCUGGUUGUGUCUCACUGAGUGACUUCCCUGUGCCUGGAUUGAAAAUGCAGCUGGAUAAUGUUAUGACGAUACAUAAGGAUCCCAUGAUGAGAGGGUGGAUCCUGCUUCUCGCUCUGCUCCUAGCUCCAGCAGCAGUUACGGCACAAAAAAGAAACCAAGGGACAUGCAUCAAUGUCUAUGCGGCCGACAUCGUGUUCCUGGUGGAUGGAUCCUCCAGCAUCGGGAGGGCCAACUUCCGCAUGAUCCGAGCCUUCAUGGAGGACCUGGUCAGGCCCUUUGUCCACGUGGUUGGUGAGAGCGCGGUGCGAUUCGGGGCAGUGCAGUACAGCGACGACCCCAGGGUCGAGUUCACGUUCUCGCGGCAUCCCAAUGGGACGGAGGUGAAGAGGGCCAUCCAGCAGCUGAGCUACAAGGGCGGGAAUACACGCACAGGUGCUGGCCUCCGGUACAUCGCUGACAACUUCUUUGGGCCCACUCAGAUCCGGGCCGGGGUCCCAAAGGUCUGCAUCCUCAUCACAGAUGGCAAGUCUCAAGAUGACACUGAGCAGCCAUCUGUGAAGCUGAAGGCUCAGGGCACUAAGGUCUUUGCUGUGGGGAUCAAGAAUGCAGACAGCGCGGAGCUCACGAGUGUGGCCUCCACUCCCACAGAGGACUACUUCUUCUACGUCAAUGACUUUAAGAUCCUGGGCACCCUGCUGCCGCUGGUGUCUCAGAGGGUGUGUGCCAGCACCGGAGGGGUCCUGCAGACGGGUCCGCGGGUGUACAACAGUCCGUCCAAUCUGGUCUUCGUGGAGCAGGCGGUCAACAUGCUGAGGAUCCGCUGGACUGCGGCGGGUGGCCCGGUCACAGGCUACAAAGUCCAGUAUGUGCCGCUCACAGGCUUGGGGCAGCAAGUGACAGCAGAGAUGCAAGAGGUCAACCUGAGCCCCGGGGAGACGAGUGCUGUGCUGAGCCCGCUGACAGGAGGGACGGAUUAUCUGGUCACUGUCAUCGCCCAGUAUGCCAACAGCAUUGGCGAGUCGGUCUCUGGCAAAGGACGCACUGGGGCCCUGUCUGGAGUGUCGAAUUUCCGAGUGGUGGACGCUGGGCCGUCCUUCCUCAGACUGGCCUGGGGAGCUGCCUUGGAGAACUUGCAGGGAUACCGGAUCACCUACAUGGCCCGAGGUGAGGCUCAAGCGGAAGAGAUGAGCCUGGGGGCGAACGCUGUGUCCGUCACACUCAGCAAUCUGCGCCCCAAUACUGACUACAUGGUCACACUUCAGCCUAUUUCUCAGCGGCAGACUGCAGCGCCGGCCCAGCUAACCGGCCGAACCCUGCGUUUGGAAGGGGUGCAGCAGCUGUCAGUUCAGAACAUCUCCCAGCAGAGCAUGCUGGUGACCUGGCGGGGUGUGAGUGGAGCUACUGGAUACCGGGUCUCCUGGGGGCUCCCCUCAGGCCAGGACAUUCGGAAAUUUGAUGUGGAUGCCAGCAAGAAUUCCUACCUGCUGACAGGGCUGCAACCAGACACAGAUUACCUGCUGACGGUCACUUCACUCUACGGGCAAGUGGAGGGGCCCCCAGCCUCUAUUAGGAGAAGAACAGAAACAGGCAUAGUCCAGUCCCUGAGGACUGUCAUUCUGGGCCCAACUUCCAUACAGGUGGCCUGGAACAUUAUCCGCGAUGCCCGUGGUUACCGGCUGGAGUGGAGAAGAGCAACAGGUGCUGAGCCCCGACAGACUGUGUCCCUGCCCACCAACAUCAACAGCUACCAGCUCGCUGGCCUGCAGCCGGCCACAGACUAUCGCAUCACCCUAUACACCCUGUAUGAAGGGAAGGAGGUGGCCACACCUGUAACCAUCUCCCAGACAGGAGCAGAGCCCCCAGUGGGCAGCAUUUCUGACCUGCGGGUCAUUGAUACUGUGGGGAAGAGGAUCCGGCUGGCCUGGACUGGGGUCCCAGGUGCCACUGAGUACAAGAUUGUGCUGCGCAGCUCCCAGGAUGGCACUGACAGGACCAGGCAGAUCCCAGGCACCCAGACCAUGCUGGAGCUCGAGGACCUGAGAGAGGAGGUCACCUAUGUAGUGCGUGUGUCAGCCCUGAUUGGCAGGCGUGAAGGCAGUGCCGUCCCCAUCAGUGUCCGGAUCGAGCCGUCAGUGAGCAGCGUGUCCAACCUGCAAGUGGUGCCUGUGGGUGUGGGCCGUGUGCGGCUUCUGUGGAGUGCCAUACCCAGGGCCACUGAGUACAAGUUGGUGAUCACCAACAGGCAGGAUGGCUCAGAGGAGACCAGGCGCAUCCCCGGCAACCGGAAUUUCUUUGAGCUGCAGGAUUUGAACGAAAGAGUCACAUACCUGGUGCAGGUGACAACCCUGGUGGGCAGCCAGGAGAGUGACCCUGCCACUAUCACUGUCCAACUGGAUCCCCCAUCUGUGGGCAGCGUCACCAACCUGCGGGUGGCUGAGAUCAGACCCAACCGGCUGAGGGUCACUUGGAGUGGGCUCCCUGGGGCGAGUGGCUACAAGUUGGCAUGGCGGGCGAGUGAUGGCCAGGAGAUCUCCCGGGUCCUGCCAGCCGACAGGACCUCCUUCAGCAUUGAGGAGCUGCAGGCUGGGGCCGUCUAUGUCAUUGGGGUCUCGACCCUGGUUGGCAGCAGGGAAGGCAGCCCUGUCACCAUUGCGGCUAGAACAGCUCCGGAGCAGGUGGGGAUGGUCUCCAGCCUCAGGAUCCUCUCGUCCAGGAGCAAUGUUGUCCGGGUCACCUGGGUUGGAGUGCCUGGAGCAACAGCCUACAAGGUGGUGUGGAGCCGUCGAGAUGGGGGCUCCGAGUCGAGCGAGGUGGUUUCUGGUGACACCAGCUCCUUUGACAUUCUCAACCUGGAGGGUGGGGUCAGCUACACCGUGAAGGUCACAGCACUGAUUGGCAACCGCGAGGGUGACCCUGUCUCCAUCAUCGUCACCACACCGGCAGAGGUGGCCCCAGCUCAGCCUGUGGGGAAUCUGCGGGUGAUUGACUCCUCGGAGCAGCGCAUUCGCCUCACCUGGAGCUCGGCGCCGGGCAGCACCGGGUACCGCCUGAGCUGGAGGCCAGCAGAUGGAGGGCCGGAGAGGAGCCAGCUGCUCGCCCCCAAUGUCAACUCCUACGACAUCGAAGGCCUGGAGGCGGGAAAGCGCUAUGAGAUCCGGAUCACCAGCCUGGUGGGCAGCCAGGAGAGCGAGACUGUGGGCAUUGCUGCCAACACUGCACCUCUGGGCCGAGUCACCAGUUUCCGGGUGACGGAGACCCGAGAUGAUUCUGUGACCUUGGCCUGGACUCCGGCUCCAGGGGCCACUGGCUACCUCCUCACCUGGAAGCUACCCCAAGAGGGAGGCGAGACACAGAGGACACUGCACGGGUCAGCAACUUCCCACCAGGUGUCGGGGCUGCAGCUGGGGCACAGAUACCUCUUCACCAUCCGGCCGCUGUUUGGGAGCGCCAGGGGCGUGGAGUCCACCCUCACCGACCGCACAGUUUGCAGGGAUGCUCGUGGUGACAUCAUCUUCCUAGUGCAUGGCACCCGGGACAGUGCCUACAGCGCCGAGGCCGUCCGUGCCCUGCUCUCCAACACCGUCUCAGCGCUGGGCCAGCUGGGUCCUGAUGCCGCCCAGGUGGGCCUGGUGAUCUACAGCUACCGCAGCGUCCCGUGGGUCCUGCUGAAUCGCUCCAGUGACCUGGACACUGUCCUGGAGCGGAUCCGCACCAUGCGCUACGAGGAGCCCAGCGGCAACGCUCUGGGAGCUGCCAUCAACUUUGCCAGGACCUACAUGCUGAGCCGCAGUGCAGGGCGCCGGCCUGGUGUGCCAGGGGUGCUGGUGGUGCUGGCAGACAGCCCCUCUGGUGACGAUGCCAUUGGGCCGGCCAGGGAGAUCAAGGCGGCAGGGAUCCAGGUGCUGGCGGUGGGCAUGGACGGGGCGGAUCGCGAGCAGCUGCGCCGCAUUGUCACCAGUGAAGACCCGCGCCAUGUUUUCUAUGCCAAGGAUUCGAGGGCCGGCCUGUCAGAGCUGGAGGACAGGCUCGCCAGCACCCUCUGCAGGGUGACUGUCAUGGACAGGCUGGAGCCCUGCACGGUGCAGUGUCCCAAGGGUGAGAAGGGGGAGCCUGGCCUGAUUGGGCAGAAAGGACGUGUGGGGCAGCCUGGCCCCCCUGGAGACCCGGGCCUCAAUGGGCUUCCAGGCCCCCCAGGACCAAUGGGGCCCCCGGGUGCCCCAGGCGAGAUCAUCGAGCGGCCUGGCGAGAAGGGGGACAGAGGAUUCCCAGGAGCGGAUGGGAUCCCAGGAAGCCCUGGUCGCCCUGGCAACUCUGGCUCCCCUGGCCAGCCGGGUAGACAAGGCAUUCCUGGCCUCAGAGGGCCCCUGGGGGACCAGGGCCCAGUGGGGCCUCCCGGGCUGCGGGGAGAGAAAGGCGAGCCGGGAGAUCCAGGGGUGAUUGUGAACGGAGGAGGGAGGCUGCCUGGCCGGAAAGGGGAGCCUGGGAGUCCGGGAAAUCCUGGCCUGCCUGGGAACCCUGGGCCUAGAGGAGCAGUCGGUGAUCCAGGACCUCCUGGGCCCAUUGGACCUCCAGGGCUGUCAGGACCUCCCGGAGAGUUUGUGAAGGGGUCAAAAGGCGAGCGAGGAGAGCGGGGCCCCCCAGGGCUGAUUGAUGGGGUAACUCCUGGAGGAGAGCCAGGCACCCCGGGCUUGCCUGGCGAUCCUGGGCCCCGGGGACCUCCUGGGCCCCCAGGACAGAAAGGAGACAAGGGUGAUGGGGAAGAAGGCUUUCCAGGGCCGCCGGGUCGCCCAGGGGACCCAGGAGAUCGGGGCCCGAGAGGACCUCCAGGUGAACAAGGAAGCAAGGGAGACCGUGGGCAGCCGGGAGAGCUCGGAGAAGCAGGGGAGAAGGGUGAUCGCGGACUCCCUGGGCCGGAAGGGACGAAGGGGGAGCCGGGAUCCCCAGGCCGCCUGGGUCCAGCAGGCAGAGAGGGAUUGCCAGGACCGUCCGGCCCACGAGGGGAAAAGGGGGAUCAAGGUGCUCCUGGGGAACCUGGAAAGCCGGCUUCCAGCGUCUCUGGGGUCAAAGGAGAGAAGGGUGACAGAGGCCCUGCAGGAGCAGAGGGGGCCCCGGGUCCCAGGGGAGAUGCAGGAGAUAAAGGAGCCCGCGGCCCCCCUGGAUUCAGUGUCCCUGGCCCACCUGGCCCCAAAGGAGAACAGGGCGACAGGGGGAUUGUCGGUCUCACUGGCAAGAGUGGCCCAAAGGGUGACCCAGGGGAACCCGGUGAGAAGGGGGAGCUGGGGAGACCAGGAGCUCCAGGGCAGAUGGGCCUGCGAGGGAAGGAGGGUGAACGUGGUGAGAAGGGUGAUGAAGGGACCCUGGGAGAGCCGGGUCAGCCAGGCAAAGCUGGAGACCGGGGCCCCCGGGGCCUACCAGGAAACCGUGGCCUCCCCGGGGAGAAGGGUGACCAGGGAGACCCAGGCGAUGAUGGCAGAAAUGGCAGUCCUGGAGUACCAGGGGCCAAGGGCGACCGCGGGGAACCGGGGAUGCCUGGACCCCCAGGACGAAUUGUCGAUUCGGGAGCUGGAGGAGGAAUUGGAGAGAGAGGCGAGAAGGGGGAGCCAGGGGACCCUGGAGAGGAUGGGAUGAAGGGUGCGAAGGGCGAGGCCGGGGUACCUGGCCUGCCUGGAGAGAAGGGUAUCGAAGGCCCCAGAGGCCCCCCCGGAGCUCGGGGUGACCCUGGAGACCGAGGCCAAUCAGGAGACAAGGGAGACAGAGGCCCUCCAGGGCUGGAUGGCCGGAACGGGUUGGAUGGCAAACCUGGGCAAAUGGGCCCCGCGGGGCAAAGGGGUGACCCAGGCAAGCAGGGUGAUCCUGGCCGAGAUGGGCUGCCAGGCCUACGAGGGGAGCAAGGUGCCCCAGGAGCCAUUGGCCCCCCGGGACCACCAGGCUUGGCUGGCAAACCCGGAGACGAUGGCAAACCUGGCCUGAAAGGGAAUAAUGGAGAAGAUGGGACUCCAGGAGAAGAUGGAAGGAAGGGGGACAAAGGAGAAGCUGGAGCCCCUGGCAGAGAUGGUCAAGAAGGCCCCAAGGGCGAGCGAGGAGACCGUGGGGCACCAGGCCCCUUGGGACCUCCUGGUGUCCCUGGUGUACCAGGGCAGGUUGGACCCCCAGGCCAGGGUGCUCCAGGCCUCGCCGGGGUGGCUGGACAAAAGGGUGACCGAGGAGAGGCUGGAUCCAAAGGAGAACAGGGCAGACCCGGGGAUCCUGGACAGCGUGGUGAGCCCGGGACGGUUUCGAACGUUGAACGUGCUCUGGAAGCCUAUGGGAUUAAGAUUGCCUCGCUCAGAGAGAUCACUGGAGCCUAUGACGGGAGCACUGAUCCAUUCCUGCCCUACCCUGACCGCCGGAGAGGCCAAAAGGGCGACAGGGGUGACCCAGGGGAGAGGGGACCUCCAGGCAAAGAGGGCAUGAUGGGCUUUCCUGGAGAGAAAGGGCCCAAGGGCGACAAAGGAGACCAAGGCCCUGCUGGCCCUCAAGGCCCCAUGGGACGUGCUAUUGGAGAGCGAGGUCCAGAGGGGCCACCUGGCCAGGCAGGGGAGCCUGGCAAGCCUGGAAUCCCAGGGGUGCCAGGCCGGGCCGGGGAGCUCGGAGAGGCUGGCAGGCCUGGCGAGAAGGGCGAUCGGGGCGAGAAGGGAGAUCGUGGAGAGCCGGGCAGAGAUGGUGUGCAGGGUCCUCCAGGGCCCCCGGGACCCAAGGCAGAUGUGGUGGAAGGGAGCCUCUCUGGUCUUCCAGGGGAGCGUGGACCCACAGGACCCAAAGGAGCCAAGGGAGAGCCUGCUGUGGAUGGCGAGAGAGGACCCAAAGGAGAUAAGGGUGAACCUGGGCAGAAGGGGGAGAGAGGAGAAGCUGGCGAGAAAGGCAGGGGUGGCAGCCCGGGCCUCCCAGGAGAAAGAGGGCUUGCUGGGCCAGAAGGGAAACCGGGUAUGCCAGGCUUUCCCGGAGUUCUAGGCCGACCGGGCAACCAGGGAGAUCCAGGGCCACCAGGCUCAGCUGGGCUUGUUGGACCACCUGGCGCUCAGGGCCCACCUGGAAUAAAGGGAGAUGUGGGUGAGCCUGGCUCCAGCAUUCGGGGUUUGCCUGGGCCCCAGGGGAGUGUCGGCCUUCCAGGCCCCUCAGGGCCCCCUGGCCUUGUGGGACCGCAGGGCGCCCAAGGAUUGCCAGGACAAGUGGGUGAGACUGGAAAGCCUGGAGUGCCGGGGAGAGAUGGAGUGCCAGGGAAGGAGGGAGAACCAGGGCUGCCUGGAAAAAUGGGUGUGCCAGGACCCGCAGGCCCUGCCGGACCUAAAGGAGAGCCAGGGGACGCCGGGCUCCCAGGACAGGCGAUUGUCGGUCCUCCUGGGAUGAAAGGCGAGAAGGGUGCCCCCGGAGAGAUUGAAGGGAACCUGCUGGGUGAACCGGGUGCCAAGGGCGAGCGAGGCUUACCGGGCCCCAGGGGAGAUAAGGGGGAGCCUGGAAGACCGGGGGAGCCUGGAGACCCUGGGGAAGAUGGAGCCAAAGGAUCCCCUGGAAUCAAAGGGGAAAAGGGUUCAGUUGGCAUUGGCCUGCCGGGACCCCCUGGACAAGAUGGGCCUCAAGGUUUGAAGGGCGACACUGGCUUACCUGGCCCACCAGGAUCCCCGGGCUUGCCAGGCAUCGCAGGGACCCCCGGCCAGCCAGGUCUGAGGGCAGAAAAUGGACAGCCAGGCCCACCAGGACCUCCAGGAGAGAGGGGUUUGAUUGGCUUCCCUGGAAGAGACGGUACCUCUGGAUCACCAGGGCCCCCAGGGCCCCCAGGUCCAGCGGGGGCACAAGGCAUCCCAGGACUGAAGGGUGACAAGGGGAACGUGGGGGCUGGACAGCCGGGCCCUAGAGGCGAGCGAGGAGACCCUGGGCCACGGGGUGAAGACGGGCGCCCAGGGCUGGAGGGAGAUCGUGGGCCUGCGGGGCCUCCCGGAAACCGAGGGGAGCGAGGCGACAAAGGAGACAUUGGAGCUAUGGGGCCCAAAGGAGAUAAGGGUGAUACUGUCAUUGUGGAGGGGCCAGCUGGAGUCCGGGGGAGCAAGGGGGAGCCGGGAGACCGCGGCCUGAAGGGGAUGGAAGGGGAGAAAGGCGACAAGGGUGACCCGGGCCACCCAGGAGAGAAGGGAGGAAGAGGCGAACAAGGGGAGAAGGGCUCUACAGGCUUCCCAGGAGCACGCGGCCCUGGGGGCCAGAAGGGUGAAGUUGGUGAAUCGGGAGACCCCGGAGAGUCGGGCCUGCCAGGAAAGGAUGGAAUCCCAGGAGCAAGAGGGGAGAAAGGGGACAUGGGGCCACUAGGAAUGCGAGGCCCUAAAGGGGAUCGGGGACCGAAAGGCGCCUGUGGCCAGGAUGGAGAUAAGGGGGGGAAGGGGGAUCCGGGGAUUCCAGGCCGAAUGGGACUUCCAGGAAGGAAGGGUGAGCUGGGAGAGCUGGGCAUGCCUGGAACCCCAGGAAUCCCCGGGAAAGAAGGUCUCAUGGGACCCAAGGGUGACAGGGGAUUUGAUGGUCAGCAGGGAGCCAAAGGAGACCAGGGAGAGAAAGGAGACCGGGGUGCUCCAGGCAUUAUUGGCUCCCCAGGCCCUAGGGGCAAUGAUGGAGUACCUGGCCCACCCGGCCCACCAGGUAGCGUUGGCCCUAAGGGCCCUGAGGGGAUUCAAGGGCAGAAGGGUGAAAGAGGCCCCCCAGGGGAGUCGACUGUAGGGACCCGAGGCAUCCCUGGGAUUCCAGGAGAGAGAGGAGAUCAGGGGAAUCCAGGACUCGAAGGCUUGAGAGGAGAGAAGGGGGACCCUGGCAUGACGGAACAAGAGAUCCGCGCAUUUGUCAGACAGGAAAUGAGUCAGCACUGCGCUUGCGGCGGGCAGUUCUCCUCUUCUGAACCACGAGGAUGGGGGACACAUGCAAGGAACAGACAUAAAUCUUCCAGGAGAGGAAGAAGAAAUACCAGAGGAAAUCAGGAUCACGGCAGAACAGGUCUUCUCCCCAACUAUCCAUCCACCCAACCAUUCCUGUCUGUUAAUGCUCAUCUAGUCCCUGUGCUUAAGUUAUCACACGCUGAAGAAGAGGAGGGGCAUGAGGUGCAUGUUGUGAACACAAAUGACCCUGAGUACGAGCAUGUCUACGCAAUGGAGGACUAUGAAGAGAGCCUGGAAGCUGAUGGGACAGAGAGCACCAUGCUGAGUGAUGCUGACCCAUGCAGCUUGCCCUUGGACGAGGGAAACUGCAGCAGAUUCACACUCAGGUGGUAUUAUAACCAAAAAGUGGCAGAGUGCCGGCCUUUCAUCUACAGCGGCUGCAGGGGGAACCUCAACCGUUUCUACACCAAGGAGGACUGUGAUCUCCAAUGCAGGCACCAGGCAGAUUCAGAUGCCCAAAUUGCUGCUGAUAACAUAUCAGAUGAGAAGAGGAAUGCGUAAACUGCCCUGUUUUAGUGGGGUUUUCCUGUCCGGGGGGGAAACUGACCAAAGGGAGAGAAGACCCCACCUGCCCUCAGAGUGAAAGACUCUUACACGCUCCUACAGGGGAACCUACCCUGGGCCUGCCCCAGGUCCUGGACACACAUGGUGUGUUUGAUCUGAGACUCUCCUUGUUGCCAUCUCCGCUCCCUGCAGCGUUGCCCUGCAUGCCAGCUUGCCGGAGCAGAGACGUGGUGCUAUUUCAUAAUGAGUAUUUGUGUUGCUCUUGGUUUUACUUUUUUUUAUUAUUUUUAAAUUAAGGUGAAAUUUUUAUCAAAUGGAAAAAAAUAGCUGUAACCUCUUUAAAAAGCCAACAGUUCUGAAUUAGAGCUUUUUAACUUAUUUGAUGCUGACUAAGAACACACAGAAUGCAUUAGCCAGAUCAAACCUGUUCGUAUUGCCACUUGCUUUAUUUCUGGUUCACAGGCCUGUGGGCCACUGCUUGUGAAAUGGACUAGCCAGCUUGAAUGUCUCCUAGCCAGACUGCUCAUGUGCAAUUGGCAACCCACUCACUCAGUGAGCAGAGCUGUGAAUGGCAGCAUAAAGGCAUAAAGCCCUGGAUUCAGUGCCAAAGUUUGCAUGAUGCCAGUUCUCCAAAAGGAUAAAAUCUUCUUGGUUUCUGCCUGGAAACUGCCCCCUCCCAUCACCCAGGCACUGGAAAUGCUCCUUCGUGGCUUGUAAUGCUGUGCAUUCUUUUCUCUUGCUGUUUGUCUUUUGGGGGGGGCUGUUGGCAAUUCUGCCCUUGGGGCUGCCAAAGGAAUAGAAAAUACAGGCUGCCCUCCUCUGCUGGCAUAUCCCAGCCAAUUGGACUGUAUCAGAGAGUAGGAAACACAACCCAGUUGGGCAGCCCUUGAAUCUUAGAGAUGCAAUCUUACGGCUUGGAAGAAACUGGCCAGGUGUCAGUUCUCCUCAAGCCCCAGCUAGAGCCUGAGCCAGAAGGGACCUUCUCUCUAGGCAAUUCCACCAUUCUUAGCCUAACUCUUUUCUUAGCUCCAUGCUUGGAAGCCCUCGCAGACAAGCACGUGGCAAAUAGCAAAAUGUGGUUUACAGCUUGGCAGCAGAGAUCAGCCUCUCUCUCCUGGUUCAUGCAUUUCCCUCUGGAUACCUAAGAAAUCUGUUCUGCUCCAAAACAGCAUUUCCCUCUGGAUCCCCAAGAAAUCUGUUCUGCUCCAGAACAGCAUUUGCCAAAGGAAAAGACCUGGUUGGUAUCUCAGAUCUCCAUGCUCCGGUAGGACCAGACUGUUUGCACACUCCAUUUGCCAUCAUCAAAAAAAAAACAUUUUAUAGUAACUAGGCUUGUUAAAGGCACUUUCCUGCUGGCCUCCACCAAAUCCUGGAUGUUAGCUACAUCUCCCAUGUGCUACUCCCCUGCACUGUAUGCUGCUUGAUGCCUACAAACAUUCAGUUGGUAUAAAACAGCUGGGAAAUGCAAUUCACACCUGGCCUGGACCUCCAGUGCAAUUUUGUGCUCAGGCAAAGGUGAUUUUACAGAGGUCCCUCGGAAUAUCCAAGACCUCCAAUUAAAGAAAAGAAAUCAGGAUAUUGUAAAAAUUAAUUUUGGAUUCCAGAAAAACUCUAGUCAGGACCAUUUGCAAAUUUGACAUCAUGUAGAGACUUGGGAUUUGGAAAAUCAUGUUUUUUAUUUAAUUACUAAUUGAAGUAACCUCUCAAGUUCCAGGCGGGGGCUCCACAGGGGGUAAAGGCUGUAACAUCUGUGCUUGUUAUGCCACUGGGGGAGGCAUAGGCAGCUGUGAAAGAGCAACAGAUCUGUUAAAGGAAACAUUCCCCACCUCCCCCCAAAAUAAAUUUCAUUUGAAGAAGUUUCACCUUAAUCCUGAACAGUAACCAAUAUUCUCAAGCAAGAGUGACAGCAUUGGAAGAAACCCAAACUUUAAGUGUACAUGUGUGUGUAGAUUUGUCUGUAUGAUGCACAUUGAUCCACACUCAUUUUAACAAUGCUUUUCUUUAACCUAGUGGUGCUGAACCUUGUUAUGAGAAUAAUCAGGGAAACAAUGAGGAUGGUGCUAUGCUAUUGUAAGUUCCUGCCAUAAUACGGCAUUUUAAAAAGCUUUGUAAAGACUUGUUUGCAAUCCCGGUUUUAUACCAUCGCCCUUUUCCCCACCCAAAACACUGUGCCCACAGUUGGACAUACUCACACUCUCUUUCAGUUAUGUAAAGUGUCAAUACAAACCUCCCAUCUUUACACAGCUGUUCUGAAAAGGGAAACGAGGGUAACUGUCACAUCUGAAACCAUGCCAAUGUGUGGGUGUAUAUAUGAUAUCUAUAUAUUGCUGCAGAGUGUGUGUGUGUGUGUGUGUGUGUGUGUGUGUGUAUACAGCAUGUGUCUGUGUGUCUGAAUGCAAGGGAGGUGUCAUUUAAAGUUGCAGUAAUUUGAAUCUGAUGCGGUUAUUGUAAUGAUAGCUAGUGAGGGAACAUCCUGGGCUAAGACACAGGCACAGAGAGAUUUCACUGGCUGGACAGAAGUUAGGGAGCAACAUUGUGACUCUAAAAGAUUGUUUCUGUAGUCAUCAGGUCAUGUUCCUGUGGAGUGGCUUGCAACAGGUGUAGUUGAGGGAAAUGUGACUGGUGUUUCAAGUGCCUGGCUUUGUGUGGCGGGACAGACUUGCUGUUGAACAGUACAGAGUAAGAACUGUGCCUGGGAAGACAUGCGUAUGCAGCACUGUUGUGAUCUCAGUGCAUUUACUGUAGCUCUCCAUUUUGAUUACAGUUCAGAUCCUUACUAAAGACGACUACUGUAUUUUCUGGUCAUGGCCCAUAUACCCUAGUAACGCUAAUACCAAUUGGCUUGGUGAGGCCAUUAUUUGUGAUAUUCUUUUAAUAAGAGAGCACAAUUCUGAGGUCUUGGCUCCUGACACAGUCCUAAGUAAUCAGCAGUAUCUUAGAGUUGCUGAUGUGUCAUGUCGCCGGCCCAGCUGGCUGGAAUUGUGCUGUGAGGCUUUCAGCAACCUCCUCUGAAUUUGUCAGGCUUGGAUCUUCAAAGCAUGGGUGUGAGUGAGAGGCCCCCUGUUAUAGUAAUGGGCACUAAAACAUCUGACUCAGCUGAGGACAGACCUUCUUCCAGCCUGCAUGUAUUGCUCACUCCCGUGGGAUGCCUGGGUCAGUGCCCAGUGCUUUCACAGGUAUCCAGCACUGUGCGAUGUUUCCAUUGUCGUUCUUGCACAAUCUUACAGCUUUUCCACAAAGGUCCCUUGGAAAUGGAGAACCACCAUCCUCCUUACAUCUGGGCCCAUGUGGCCUUGCUGUAGAUCAUUACUAAAGAUAAACGUAACUUAUCAGCAUGUUCCCUGCAUCUUUUUUGGGGACGUGUUUGUCAGCAUCCAGCGGUGAGUUUCACUUCCGUGUCACCUCUCAACAGCUGUGAAAGAGGCAAAAAUACCACCCCGCCUGGCAGUGACUUUAGGAAGAUUUGUCUGGAUAGAUUCAGAGAAUGGUCACUACAAUUCCAGCCUCCCACCCUCUGUUGCUUUUGUAGCUGCUCAAUCUGCUUGUGAUGUAAGCAAAGCAAGCAGCUCGCAACACCAUCCAGAGCGUGUUACAUUGUGUCACUCCAGUUGCUCAGGUACACACUGUACAAGGCUUGUCAUUGAGCCUGAUGUUGAACUAGUCCUGCAGAAUCUAGAUGCAAGUCAUGUUUGGUUGGUUUUUUUUUCUGUCAAGUGCCUCUUGUGACAUGUUGCAAAAACUCAAAAUCUGGGAAAUAAAAGUUUGUGAUACCUCA